AUGUCUGAGGAAAAGAUUAAAGACCGUCCCAAUUAUUAUAAUUUCACAGAAGAAAUCAAUCCAGAGCAAGAUUCUGAAUCCUCCUCAAAUAAAAAUAUGCCAUCAAUGUAUAAGCUUCAGCUAAAACUUUUAUUGUGGAAGCAGUAUCUUGUCUUCAAGAGAAAUUUAAAAUCAACUCUAUUCCAAAUUUUAACUCCUCUUGCAGUCUGUUUAUACUUGCUGUUAAUACAAUUCACAGCAAAUUAUGUAUUUGAUAAUAUGGUAACUAAAAAUCCAGAUACAAUUGAUUUGUGAAAAAUCCCAAAAUGCUACGGAAAUGACUGCAUUACCCUUGGCAUUGGAUUAACAAAUGGAGAAAAUGAGUUCUCAGACUAUAUCAUUAAAUAUAUUUCAGAAAAACAUCAUUUGAAGAUUGGAAAAGAUAUUAUAGCGAAAAAAGAAUUUUUCGAAAGAUAAAUUUCUAUUAGAAAAAUUAUCGUAUAUAAAUUCUAUAUCGAAAAUAAAUUUUUGCUGACUCCCCCCCCCAUCCUUGAUCGAACGAUUGACUGUAAAAAUUCCUAAGAAUUGGGGAAAUUAACCCCCAUCCUUGAUCGAACGAUUUUCAUAUCAUGCAAAUUUUUAUAUAUAUAUAAAUAUAUAUUAGUUAUCAAAAGCUUGGGAAGAUGAGACUUUGAGACGACAGAAAGUUUUGGAAUCAACCAUUCAAAGUAAUUUAGUCAUCAACAUGGGCUUAAAAACUCAAUAAUCUAAUAAAAUAGAGAUUUUUAAAAUUUUUAAAAAACAAAUUUUAAUUUAAUAAGUAACAAAUUAAAAUUUAUACAGUUUAAAGGGGUAACUAAUAAAUUAAAAUAUAAAAAAUUGGUAUUUUUAUGAAAAAUAAUUCAAUUUUUUGCUGUAAAAAUAAUUAUUAAAUACUCUUAACCCUCUUAUUUAAAAGUAAAUAAAAAACAAUUUAUAUAUAUAUUUUAUUUUAUAUAUAAAAUUUUUUUCCCAAAAAAAUUUUUUUAACCCCCAUCCUUGAUCGAGCGAUGGCGAGUCGUUCGAUCAAGGAUUGGGGGGGGGGGAAUGAACAAAUAAUUUUUUCAAAACUGAGAUGCAUAUAUAAAAAUAUCACAAGUAUAAAAUUUUAGCCAAAAAUGAUCCCAUGCAAUUGUUUGAUUAUAUAGAUAAGCAUGACAAUCAAACUCAGACAGCUGUAAUUUUAUGCACUGGCCCAUUUGUCUUGCCUCCAAACAGAUUUUAUAACGGAACUUUUGACUGCUUAGGAAGCAGUGAAAAUUAUACAGUAAGAAUGUACAAUAUAGUUUUCAACUCCUCUUCACUAGUAAGCAUGCUGAUAUCAGAAAUGAACUCUCCUAUGCCAGUAAAUUACCCAGCAAUCGCAGUGAAGUCAGCCUUAGAUGAAGCAUUGAUUUCUUAUCAAUCGAAAGAUCAAAAAAUCGAUAUUAAAGUCAGCACUCAAGGCUACCCAGAACCCAAAAACAGGCAUUCAAACCAUGUAAGCAUCAUCAAAAACUCUGGGCCUUUUUAUUUUUUUAUCCCGCCAAUUGUAACUUUUGUUGUUGUCUUGAUCGAACUUGUGAGAGAAAAAGAGUUUCAUUUGAGGAGUGGGCUUAGCAUGAUGGGGAUGAGCCACAGUCCUUAUUGGCACUCAUGGUUUAUAACAGCUUUUAUAUUUACUAUAUUUACAAGCAAUAGUGUAAUUAUCAGUGGCAAGCUAUGCAACUUUGACAUCUUUUUGAACACCCCUUAUUUGAUACUUUUAAUGAUGUUUGGAUUUUUUUCGAUAUCAAUGACAUGUCUAGCCUUCUUGUUGUCAACUUUCUUAAGGACCACCAAAAGUGCAUACGCAGCUUCUUAUGUUUUCAUUUUAGUAGGUCUUGUGUUUCAGCUGCUUUUGUCAGAUAUAAAUAUUAUUUACGCAUUAUGGUCAGAAGAAGCACCUGACUGGGUAGCAAUAGUCAGAGCCAUCUUUACACUUUAUCCUCCGUUUAAUUUUUCUAAAUGCUUCGGGGAUAUUGCACGAAAAGCGUCAGUCCAUUAUUCUCACUGGGAGCAUAAGCAUGUUCCUGGCGAAUAUUACUCUUGGAAUAGGUUUGCUUCAAGAAACAGAAGGAUUAUUCCAUCAGCUUUAGAAUCUCUUUUGUAUUUGCUUGCAGAUUCUCUACUUUUGUGCAUUCUUGCCUGGUAUUUUGAUCAUGUUUUACCUAGCAAUCGUGGAAACUCUGAUCCAGUUUAUUUUUUCUUGACUCCCAAAUAUUGGGGCUUCAAUAAAAAAAUUCAAAAAAUCCAAUCAACUGUAGAAGAUACCAAUGAAGAAGUAGCAGAUUCAGUCUCUUUUGAAAAACGCAAAGUUAUUGACCUAGAAGACUCUUCAAGCAGCAUCAGAAUACUUGGGAUUCAUAAGAUUUUCCAGAAAAAUCUUUAUAAGACUUCAGAAGACAUUCAUGCUGUUAAUAAUAUCUAUUUGCAUGCUAAAAGAGGAGAACUUUUAGCUUUGUUGGGCCACAAUGGGGCUGGAAAGUCUACAUUAAUUAAUAUGCUGACUGGCCUUUGUAAACCUACAUCAGGCUCAGCAAAAAUCUGCGGAUUUGAUAUUAGAGAAAACAUGAGCGAAAUUAGAAAAGUGUUAGGAGUCUGCCCACAGCAUGAUAUUCUAUGGGACGAGCUUACAGCUAAAGAACAUUUAAUUCUAUUUGGAAGACUUAAAGGAGAAAGCUAUGAUAAAGUAUAUGAAGAAGUCAAUGAGAGGCUAAAAGAAGUCAAUUUAAGUGACGAAGCAGAUUUAUUGGCUGGAACUUUCAGCGGGGGCAUGAAAAGGAGGCUUUCAUUGGCUAUAUCUGGAAUUGGGGAUCCUAAGGUGAUUAUUUUAGAUGAGCCUACUACAGGGAUGGACCCAAUUAACAGAAGGCAGGCAUGAAAGUUUAUUAAAAAGCUCAAGGAAAAAAGAAUAAUGAUUUUAACCACUCAUUCAAUGGAAGAAGCAGAUGUCCUUAGCGAUAGAGUUUGUGUCGUUGUGGAUGGAAGAUUGAAAUGCAUAGGAACUUCUCUUUACUUGAAAAACCAGUUUGGAGAUGGGUAUAGAGUUAAUAUUAUAUCAAAAGAAGUAGAAAGAGUAGUGCCUAUUGUUCGCAUAGUGAUGCCCAAUGCAAAAAUUAUUGAUUCUAGUGGGGGGAGCUUAGUCUUAGGAAUUUCAGUCAAAGAUGUAAAAGAGAUUGGAGAAUUCGUAAGAAUCAUGGAAGGAGAAGAGAUAGGGGAGCUCAGCGUUUUGAAGGAUUUGAUUGAGGAUUGGGGCUUAUCUCAUACCACUCUUGAGGAAGUUUUCAUGAUAGUAACUGGAAAGAAAACAAAUGGGAUUAAAUAA